AUGUCCCUUCGCAUCGCCGUCCUCGAGUGCGACACUCCUAUCGACCCCCUCCGAGAGCGCUAUGGCACCUACGGGGAUUUCUUCGAGCGCCUCCUCCGCACAUCCCUACAAGAACUUGGAAAAAGCGAGACGGAGCUACAAAUCAGCAAAUGGGAUGUGGUGAACAACACAAAUUAUCCCGACCCCAAGCAGUUCGAUGCGUUACUCUUGAGUGGCAGCAAAUAUGACGCAUGGUCGGACGAGCCCUGGAUCCUCAGUCUGACCGACUACGUGAAGCGCAUCCACGCGCAACAAGACACACCGAUCAUUGGAAUCUGUUUCGGGCACCAGAUCGUUGCACGCGCGCUGGGGAUGCGGGUCGGCCGCAGCGACGCAGGUUGGGAGAUCGCCGUCCUUCCCAUCUCGCUGGGCGAGGCUGGAUGGAAGUUAUUCCAGAGGGAUACCUUGUCUCUACAUCAGAUGCACCGCGAUAUCGUAAUCGAAGUCCCCAAGGAAUGCGUCAACUUAGGGUCGAGUGUGCUCUGCGAAGUUCAAGGACUGUACCAACCGCAACGUCUCCUCACCGUGCAGGGACACCCGGAAUACGACGAGUUCGUCGAGACCAAGUUGAUUGAGAUGCGAACGGCGGCGGGGGUAUUCGACCCGGAGCUGUCGCGAGACGGUCUGGCGCGGGUGGGCAAGGCCCACGACGGCGUGGUGUCCGUGUUCGAGCACCCCGGACACAGCGUUGAAGAUGCGCGCAAGAUCGCCGUCGACUCGCUCAAGGCCUUCCAAUCGUUCAAGAAGAGCUCUCUAGACGAGCGAAAGGCCCUUGCCACCAAGGCGCUGGGAAUCGUCGAUGCCAACAAAGAGACGCUGGCGCAGGAGCUGAGCGCCCAGAUGGGUCGGCCCAUCGCGUUUGCCAUCAAAGAGGUCGAGACCAUGCUCAAGCGGGCGGAGUACUUGAUCGGCAAGGCCGACGAGAGCCUCAAGAACUACCAGGGCGAGCCUGAGAGCGGGUUUCGACGGUUCCUGAAGAAGAAGCCCUUGGGAGUGACACUCCUGGUCACCCCUUGGAACUACCCCUACCUCGUAACAAUCAACACCCUCCUCCCCUCCCUUCUAGCCGGCAACACCGUCAUCCUGCGCCCAUCCCCGCAGACCCCGCUGGUCGGCGAGCGCCUGCACACAUACUUCACGCAGGCGGGGUUCCCGCCCAACGUCUUGCAGCUCCUCCACGUGGGGUCCCCGGACGUCCUCGACGCGGUGGUCCAGAUCCCCGAGAUCAGUUUCGUUUCGUUCACGGGCUCGACCGCUGGCGGUGUGCGCCUCCGCGAAGCGACCUCCAAGCGCAUCAUCCCUGUAAACCUGGAACUGGGAGGCAACGACCCGGCGUACGUGCGGCCGGACGCAGACCUGAAAUACGUCGCGGAGCAGCUGGUCGACGGGGCCGUAUUUAACCAGGGACAGAGUUGUUGUGCGAUCGAGCGUGUGUAUGUGCAUGCGGAUGUGCAUGAUGCGUUUGUGGUGGAGGUGCAGAAGGAGUUGGGAUCGUACAAACUGGGCGACCCGGCCGCGACCAGCACCACGGUCGGCCCGGUGAUUUCGCAGGCCGCCCUGAAAAACAUCAAGGCACAUGUGGCGGACGCCCUGGCCAAGGGAGCCCAGGACGUGACUCCCGCGAACGAGACCUUUGCGAACCCCCCCGCGCAGGGCAACUACCUGGCGCCGGUGGUGCUGACGGGGGCGAACCACAAUAUGGAAGUGAUGAAGGAGGAGACCUUCGGGCCGGUGAUGCCGAUCAUGAAGGUAUCUUCGGACGAAGAGGCCGUGCGACUGAUGAACGACAGCGACUACGGCCUGACGGCGAGCGUGUGGACGAAGGACAUCGCGCGGGGAGAGGAGCUGAUCGAGGAGAUCGAGGCCGGCACGGUGUAUAUCAACCGGGCGGAUUACCCGAGUCCGGAUCUGGCAUGGAUUGGAUGGAAGAAUUCGGGGCUGGGAUGCACGCUGGGACCGCAUGCGUUUGAGGCGUUUUACAAACUGAAGAGCUUCCACAUUCGUGAGAAGCAGGGUUGAUCCAAUCAGAUAUGAAGUUACGUUGGGUAGUCAUCUAGAUAAUAGGCCAAUACGAGAUGCAGGAUUCCAGCCUUGCACAAUCCUUGUCGACUCCGCGCGUUAGUUUCCAACGGCCAGUCUUCUCUGCU